AUGUAUCAACCUGAUGUGAGUUUAGAAAAAUCUGAAAAUUUCUGAAAAUAUUGAUUUUUUGUUGCAGUCUUGGUUUUUGGUGCUUUUCGAGCUCAUUUUGGUCGGCUCCGCCCUCUACAAUUCUCUCAAAUUGACGCGUUUAUGGAAGAUUUUGAAUGGUAUACGGUAGUUUUAAAAGGGCGCGGGAGUACUGUAGGGAUCACUCCAAUUUUUAAAGGGAGCUACAGUAACCCUGGGAAAACCUACAGUACUCAUAUUUUCUAAAAUGAUUUCAUUUUUAGCUACCGUAAUCCUCAAAUUCUACAGUAAUCAUAGGAAUAUAAUUUGAGAGCUACAGUAUCCCUAUCAUUUUCUUUUUCCAGACGGGACCCGUGUUCAAAUUCAAGGCGCACAACGUGCACCAUCAGUUGCCACGUAUUUCUCAUUGAACAGCAAUGUUUCGACAAAAAAUAAGAAGGUAAUAUUAUUUUUGAUCUACAGUACCCUUGAACUACAGUAUUCUUUUUGUAGGUCUCGAGCAGAAGAGUUGCUCGUUUAGAUUCGAUGGGAGAUGUUCCGGAAUCGUUGGUCGAUGAAUUGGUCAUGUCAAAUUAG